AUGGAAGUACAGCCCACGGAUAGACCUUCUCCUGGAUAUUCAAAUGAGCCGAAAGCAAUAGCUCAUAUCCGUGUGGCCAGCGGAGUUCGAACCAGGUACAUAAUUGUUUUUCUCUUUUAUUUUGAUAAGUGGCCACAUUUUAUUUUUUUGUUUCCAGCCUUCUUGAACCUAGGACCGGCUCUGGGGUUUAGUCUCUAUAGUCAAGUUCCUUCAGUAUCUGCAAUUUUCUCUCUCUACACCUCUUUUUCUGCAAUCACGAUGCUCUUUCGUACAAUCCUCAACGAGGUUGUUCCCGAGCGAAUCCGAGAAUACGUCGCUCUGAAAGUUGUGGACUUCUUCUCAUCUUACUUUCAGUCGAACUUCACCGUUGUUAUCGAGGAACGGUGGGAGUUUGCUGAGAACCAGACUUUCCGUGCGGCUGAAGUUUACUUACCAACGCGUCUCGCCGGACUCUCCACCAGUGAACUCCUUGUUGGUUCGAGUGAUCUCAAGAAUCCAGCGGCUGAGCCAAAAUUUGGAAUCCCUGUGAAUACAAAAAUCAUAGAUGAGUUGGAAGGGAUUCGCUUUGAGUGGACUCUUCACUCUGUUGAGACUAAGAAGUAUUGCCGGGAGAAACGAAUCUUCUUCUCUUCUGGGCAGAUAUCGUUGUCUGGUCUACUGAACUUUGUGGAUGGACUUUGGUCUAGCUGCGGAGAAGAAAAGAUCAUAAUCUUCACAACGAAUCACAAGGAGAAGCUCGACCCGACUUUGUUGAGGCCGGGAAGAAUGGACGUUCACAUUCUCAUGGACAACUGCACACCCUUUGUGUUCAAGAAGCUUGUGGCUUUGUACCUUAAAAUUAAUGAACACGUCCUGUUUGAUCCCAUUGAGAAGCUUGUCCUUGAAGUGAGUGCAACUCCGGCUGAAGUCACGCAGCAACUCAUGGCUAGUAAGGACGCUGAUAUUGCGUUCAAAGGUCUCCUUGAAUUCUUGGAAACCAAGAAGAUCAAAAAGGAAGAAGAUUCCAAAGUGGAGGAAGCAGCGCCUCCCUUAGUAAAAUCUUUUCCAACCCCACUUCAUUUUCAACUCCAAAAUGGAGUAAUGGCUAGGAUUACUCCAUUUAUGGAGUAAUCUUACCCAUUACUCCAUUUUGGAGUUAAACUUUUUUAUUUAUAAAGUGGUCCUUUGAAUCUUUAAUGUUUUUAUUUCUUACUUAAAUAAUAUUUAAAAUGAUACAAUAACAUGAAGAUUUUUUUACUCUAUAAGACACUUUUCGUCUUAUGUUUUACACUUUUAGACACUUCCCGCUGGUUAGACACAUUAUGUCUGUCUAAUGUCUUUCAUACCCUCAAUUUUGAUCAGACCAAACUAACCUAACCAGAAAUAACUAACCAUGAUUAUAUUCUCUCCUCUCUACUCUCUACACUCUCCUCUCUCCUCUCUCCUCUCUCCUCUCACCUUCAAAACGUAGAUCUACUUUCCCUUUCACAAAUUCCCAACUCUAAUUCCAUAUCUCUUUCCAAUUCUGAUUUCAAAUCUCAAAUCUACUUUUACUUUUCCAAAUCCCCUAAUUCUAAUUUCAAACUCUUUUCUUCUUCCUAACUCAACCUUUCUCUCGAAAAUUUUGUUUUUCUUUGUUUUUUUUUUUACUUUCUCAAUAAUAAUAUCACAAACCUCAUAAAUUCAUAUGUCUUUCUCUCGGUAAUUUUUAAGAGCUUGUUUCUUUAACCAAACCAACUCUACCUUCCAAUCUAUCUCUGAGCUCGAUCCCUUGCGCUCACUACGACAUAGAAACGUCAAGUUAGCACCAGUGAAAAGGAGAUGUGGAGGAGCAAGGGGAAGAAGAAGACAAGAAAGUUGCGUUUGAAUGUGUGACGACGGCACCUCUCUACUUCAGCGGAGGACGACUGAACCUGUGCGACGACAAACGCAGAGUAGGGCUGAAAUUGGAGAAGUUCAUGAAGCUGAUGAUGUCAACGAGUUUGAUCUGCUGCUAGUUGGUGAUUUGGGUCAUGCUAGAGAGUGAGAGCAACAAUGGUGAAUUUUCAGUUUUUUUUUUAAUUUGUGGUCCCUCACGUUUUGGUUAUUCACGCUUUCACCCAAUAUUUUUAAAAUGUGCAAAAUAUUUUCUUGAUUUAGAUUAGAUAAACACAUCCACAUCCGUACCUCACAUUUUGGUUUGACUCAUUGUCUCCAGACCUUUGUUUUCUCUUUCAAGUAAUGAAAACACUUUUGUCUA